AUGGCCACGAGGAGUUUACCUUUGCUCUACAGCGUGCUUCUCACACCUUCUCGUCCUGGUAUGCCUUCAUCACAUCCUCUCAGGUGACUGGACACUUUUCCUCUCGCCCAUGGGUCACCUUCCAACACCGCGCAACAGCCAUGGAUAAAUACCUGCGCACAUGGAGACAAGACGCCCUGAACAAGGGCCAAAACGAUGCCGCCAUCUAUAUCGGAGACAAAGUUCUUGCCUUGACGAAUAACGAUUCGGACGCAUUCUGGCUGGCCCAGGUUCACUUUGGAAACAACAACUUCACUCGUGCCCUUGCCCUGCUCUCAAGAAAAGAUCUGGUCAGUCGAAGCCUGUCAUGCCGCUACUUGGCAGCCCACUGCUACAUCAAACAAGGCCGAUAUGAUCAAGCCCUUGCCAUUCUGGGAGAGGACAAUCCUACACACCUGAUCACAACGUCUCACAAUGCUCGCAGAAAAUUGGCACACAUCAAUGGCCAUGUUCAGAGAAAUGUCACGCACAGAGGUGGCAGGGCUCCAAGAGAUCGGAUAGAACUCAGUGAAGAACGCGAACGGGACAGAGAUUCCGAGAAAGAACUCAAGUUCCAGGCAGGCAUGUGCCACCUUCGGGGCCUGUGUUUCGCAAAGAGGAACGCCUUUGACAGGGCAAGAGAGUGUUACAAGGAUGCGGUACGAAUCGAUGUCCAGUGCUUCGAGGCCUUUGACCAGCUUAUGAAGAACUCGAUGAUGUCUCCAGCGGAAGAGUUAGCAUUCUUGGAAGAGUUGGAUUUCGACUCGAUCCGUAUCGACGAUGCCUCCUUGGCCCAGGAAGCCGCACACUUCAUCAAGCUGCUGUACACGACUCGACUGUCGAAAUACUCGUCACCUGCAACGCUGGCAAACGCCACCGAGACGCUGUCUACCCAUUACAACUUGGCUUCCAAUCCAGACCUACUGCUUACUCGAGCCGAGACGCUUUACACGCAAUGCCGAUUCUAUGAAGCACUUGCAAUUACGACAAGCAUUCUCAAUUCUCAAGCCAACCCCAACAGCUCACUCGACGGCUCAUCUUCCAGUACCAAUGCCUCCCUCGGUCAUAGUCCACGACUGUAUCCACUGCAUCUUGCCCUUCUGUUUGAGACCGGAUCCCACAACACAUUGUUUCAUCUCUCCCACACCUUGUCGACUCACGCGCCUCACGAAUCCUACACCUAUCUCGCCAUCGGCACCUAUUAUCUGUCUACUUUCCGUAUAGCGGAGGCUCGACGAUUCUUUUCGAAAGCAUCUUUGAUGGAUCCUCAUUCCGCCCCUGCCUGGAUCGGGUUUGCACAUACCUUUGCUGCAGAAGGAGAACAUGAUCAGGCUAUAGCCGCUUAUUCUACUGCUGCAAGACUAUUUCAGGGCAGCCACCUUCCCCAGCUUUUUCUCGGUAUGCAGCAUCUGGCUCUGAACAACAUGCAGCUUGCUUGGGAGUACUGCCUGGCAGCAUUCGAAAAGAGCAGUGGUGCGAUCAAAAGCGGUACAGAGGAGGAUUUUGGGAACAAAAUCUUCAACAACAGCAACCUCGGUGGUGAUCCUUUGGUGCUCAACGAGAUAGGCGUCAUAUUGUAUCAUCAAUCCAAUCUGCCAGCGGCGGCGAAACUGUUUCACAAAGCUUUGGAGCUAGCUGCGGAGUUGGGAUGCAAUAUGACUGCUUGGGUUGCUACGAGAGCAAACUUGGCACAUUCUCUGCGACGAUUAGGCCGGUUUGAAGAAUCACUUGCCGAGUUUGACGAGUGCUUGCGCACUGCGACAGGAGGAUCUGCGCCGGCUUCCGCCUUCGAGCCAGGUCGUGGUAUGGCAGCUUUCGCUAACCUCAGUCUGAACAGCACAAGCGCGGGUGUCAGCCCCAGUGGUGCUGCCAGCGGUUACGACGAGCGGAAUUUGAUUGGGAGCAUCCAUACCAGUCGGGGUUUGGUUCUCCUCAGCAUGGGUGGCCGGACCAGGGAUGCUGUCAUGGCUCUGCACGAAGCUGUCCGAGUCCUUGGUGGAGAUGCUGGAGGUGGGGGCGUGGCAGGGACGCUUCUUACUCGUGCAAUGGAGUAUUGGGCUCUUGAAGAAGAUAUGGACCUCGACGGGCAAGAGCCUGCCAUGCCGCGAGAAGCUAUGAUGGCGAUCACCGGCGGUGUCAGAUCGAAGCGCAAAGGCAAGGAAGCUGUCUCUGGCAGGUCCAACACCACCAUGAAUCAGCCUAGCAACGAGCGCUUGCUCGAGCGACGUCUGGAUGGUGAUGCUGAUGAUAUCCUUGAUGCAGCUCUAGGAGCUAUGAGAUGAUGCCACCCCCACGGCGCGCCGACGAGCGGUCUUCAUACAAAUGUGUUGCACCAUGGCGGAUGGGUCAUUCUUGGUCCAAGAAGAACCUAGCAGUUGUGUUGGCUGUGAUCAACCCGAGGCAGCACGCGGGCCAAGAGUGAUUCUCGCAAAUGAAGGUUGUCAUAAGUUGAUGCUCACUGAUUGUUGGCGGACCUGGAUUUCGUCUUCUGGGGACGACAAUCUUGGAUAGCCUAUAUGAGGUCAAAGGCCUAUAACUCAUUGAAUAGCGUUGUUUGACGCCACACUGUGUUGGAAAUAAUGAAGCUGACGAGCCGGCUUAGCUGCAGGCGAGCCGAUUUGACGAUGCUGAUGAUGGUGAGUCGGGAUGGUCACCAUCUCUCUGAGGUGCUGGAUUGGCAAAGGAUGGCUCCCGUCAAGCCAGGGCGCCGACAAUGCAGUACGAUUGUAGUGAUAAUGCAUAGUUCAUUCGUGUUGAGCGUGUUCAACUUCCUCUAGGCGUAUG